GUCGUUUUCCGCGUCGGGCCGCAAUGCCGCCGCAGCCGCCGUAGUGCCGAACGGGCAGACGGCGCAGUACAGUGCUGUUAGUUGUCGGUGGCGUGCACUGUUGCGGUCGCGUCCAGAACCGGAUGCCGGAACGAACAUAAAACAAAAACCACAGGUUCAACAACAACGAUUGUUAUUGUCAGUCGUUGUUCUUCGGUGAGCCGGUGCAGUCGUGUCGCUCGUCCGACUCUCCCGUACGGUUUUUUUUUGUUUUUGGUUUUCGGUCCGCAAGAACGUGUCGAGACGACCACACGACUUCUGAUCUCGCGGCGACACGUUGUCGACGAUAUUAUUCCUCCUCUGUGGUCUUCGUCGACGCCGUUCGGUUCGGUCGGUCGUCGUUAGUUGCCGAUCGGCAGUACGGCGAGUACGCGGUGUCGACCGACUCGGUCCCGGUGGCCGUCGGCCGGAAUGUGCCGCACCGAGUGAAAUAUUUCUGUGUCGCGGCGAUUAUGUGUUGGAGACCACGACGUCCAGCGCGUGUGCAGUGUACUUCAACGCAAGAGCGAACGCCUUCGACGGAUUGAUAUCGGUGAAGACAUCGAAAUAUAAUAUCGUCUGCAAGUCGUCGUUAGUUAGCGUUUGUGUGUAGAUAUGGCUGAAAACAUUGCGUUCAGUGACUGGUCGGAAAAGCUUGACACUGCUGGAACUAAUCAUUGGCUUCCUGCGUACGGGCUCCAACAGCCGCCAGUGGCGAUAGUUGGCAAUAGCCACCAACAAAACGAUCCCACAUUCGAUUCUGGCCCUCGUGAUCACACUGACUAUUUUGACGAUAACAAUGAAGACGAUCUUUGCGAUAACGGUGAAGAAGAUAACUGGUCAUCGUUUAACCAAAGCAGUUAUGGUGGAAACAUCGGAAACAGCACGUCUUAUAUUUUUCUGGAAACGAUCCUCGAAGAAACUUCUGACGAUUUGCGGACGGAUUCGGAAAGAAGUAGUGAAGAAGAUUUCAUUAAGGAAGAAAACUGGUCUGUGAUAAACCGUGGUGAUCCGUUUAACUUGUUCAACUCGAGUAACAAUAAUAAACAACUGCCCGCCAGGUUGCUUUAUGACAACAACGAUCCUGGCGUGCAUGACGACGACGAUGACAACGACUCAAUGUUGUUCUACAGGGACAACCUGCAGGAUCAUCAUUUAUGGACGAAUGGUGUCGGCGGGGGGCCACUGACCAACGGUUGCGGGGGCGGUAGCCUAUUGCAGUUCGAGAGCCUAGAGAAACAAUGCGAACAAACUGUGUUCCGGACGACCGCCACCGCGACGCCGUUCAUGACCAACAGCGCCGAGUCCCUGAACGCCGCCCAACGUCCGGCAGGCGUGCCACGCCGACAAAACUGGAAACACCAACCGACAUUGGACGAUGACUGUGGCACCACCACGGCCGCCACCGUAGAUGACGACGAAGCGGUGUUGUGCAGCACGCCGUUCUCGAGUUAUGCUGGCGACGGAUCUAGUGUCAAGUCGCUUAGCAAGAGCAUGGAGAGCGUGCACUCGACCGCCAGUCGAAAAAGAAUCAACAACAACUGCAGAGACGGCGUCAACGACGUGUCGCAGAGUCUAGACGAGUUGCGCGUGUGCGGUAGGGACGACGGACAAUACGACUCUGCUGUGGCGGCUGUCGGGACGACCUGCGCCGUGUCGCAACCGGCCACUGGCAUGUACAAAACAGUUGAUUGUCUCAUCGACCCAGCGUAUUGCGGGAAAAUGGACGACGAAGACGAAGACGAAACGGAUGGUAAAAAACAGGAAGACGUCAUACAGGACGGGUGUAAUCAGCAACAGCAGCAACGAUCGUCCGAAAACUUGAGCGAAGAUAGUGGUUUCGGGGAUCAGGUGCCCCGCGGUCCUGUCACACAACAAACGUACAAACCCAUUGCCGAGGACGAAAACUAUUUUGAGAUGUCGACGAAGAGUAUCGCGACGAUCGCCGCCGCCGUUUCCGCCACAGCCGCGCAGUGCUCAGUCGCCGGCAAGGGGAAGGGGGCAGACGACGACGACGACGACGACGCCGACGGCGAGAUGAAAUCUAAAUUUAGCACAACCUGGCACAGCUAUCCCGAUCUGGGCGAUCGGCCGUCAGUGACUACAGAAUCUCCUACGACCGACGACGACGACGACGAUCGCCGGCAUCACCACCACCAUCAUCACCACCGCGACGGUACCGCGAUGGCGUCACGUAUGCCAAUGUCAAGCACACCAAACCUGUGCGCCGACGGUUUGCUGGCGCUCACUGAUGGUGGUGACUAUUUGCGCUCCAAAAAGCUGCUAGACUCGACCGUGUCGUUGGACAGAUCUCACUCGCUGAAGCGCAUACAUUACGAGAGCGAGUCGGCUCUGAGCGUGGCCUCUUCGCGCGGUAGCAAUCUGCUGAUAACUACCAGUUUCGUGAAUCUGGCCACCGCGCCGACGCCCAACAAGGGCGUGCACUUUUGUCCGGUCGUGUCCGAAGUGAAUUGGCGCGAGAGCUUCAGCAGCAGUAGCUGCACCGACGUCGGUGGUGGCGGCGGCGGCGGUGUGGGUGAAGACGAAAACGGGUCGGACGAACCACCGGAAACGGAAGACGACGACGAAGACUACGACCGGAUCAGUGACGAAGUCGACGAAAACAUUGACACGAUGGUAAUGAAACUGUUGACCGGUUUACCGUCGGAAACCAGGCGUCCGAGUGUGGCGGAAAAACAACAGCUGCGCGAACGGCUGGACUUCAUCACGGGCGGCUCCCCACCAAUGUCGCAUAGGAUAGUAGCCGCGCCCACUAGAAACACCGCGGCGGCCACCGGUUCCAACAGCCACGGUCGCAGUGUUCAACCGCGACCGAUCCAAGUCGAUGCGCCCGUUGCGGUCGCCAUGUCAUCCGCUAAAUCGAAAACGAUCGGCGACAAACUCGGCGGAUUUUUCCAGCGGUUUUCUUUGCGCAGGCUGAGCGGCCGGCGGAACAAGGACAAGAAGAAACAAAAAGCGGAGGAAUGCAACGCGGCGGCGGCGGCUGCUUCGGCACAGUCGAGUAACAACAACAAUUGCAGGCCCGAUACACCGCCACCACCGCCGCCCGUCGCGGGACGACCGUCGGGUGCGACCACCGCCGCCACCUCCGACAGGGGUAAAAAACCGCCGUUACCCCCGCAACCCCCGUCCACAGACGGGUAUGCUACGCGCCGGCGCCUCAUGUAUGACGAAAAUCGCGGUAGUCGACUGCCGCCACCGCCGGCACUGCCGACGGCUGGCAGUCGUGCGUCUCUGCAAUCGCGGUCGCCCGCCGCCGUUGUCAUGUCCCGUCCGGAUCACCGGGCCGGUCUGCUCGAGACCGACUUGGACUCGAACGUGACCAGGACAUCGUCGUCGUCGUUAAUGAUGGGCGGCGGUGGUUGCAGCCCCAACAAAAAGGCCCGUAGUCUGCUCGAUCUGGGCGCUUCGUCGGCCAAAUUGUCUCUGGCCCCCAACGACUCGAACCGAUCGUCCGCCGACGGAUCGUCGUCAAACACGACCGAUUACAGGGCUAAAUCCAUGGAAUUUCUGUUGGAUAAGGAAAAUCAAGCCGCUGUUCAGGCUCCUGAAAAUGAACUUCGUAAGGUAAAUGUCAACAGUGGUGAACGGAUACUCUCUGAACAUGAGUUGCGCAUACAGCGUUCUUUACAAAGACUCAAUCUUCCUGAAUGGUACAAGACAUGCAAUGUACCGGCUCAAGGAUUUAUUUUGAAGAGACAUAGUGAUGCUGGUUAUACAACCAGUAUGUCUAGUCUAUCGUCAAAUCAAUCGCAGUCACCAAAAAUGUAUUCUAAUUACAAUAAUACACUACUUAGCCCCCAAACGCAUGCUGCAACUAAGAAUUUCUCGCGUUGGAGUACUAGCCGUUUGAAUGGAUCAAAUUCUAAUAGUACAUCUCCUUGUAGUUCCACACGAUCAUCAUUUAACUAUCGUCAACCAUAUUUGGGUUGGAGAUCUCAGGAAAAAUUGUCCAAACCUAGAACCCCAGCCGAACGACUUGCUGCUGGAUUACUUGCUCAACAACAACAUGAACAGACAUGCCAAACAAGCUUAUCUGAAGUACAGUCAUCAAUUAAAGAAGUAACAUCAGCUAUAGCCAACUAUGUAUCGUCGUCAACACCGGAUGGAAGUAAAGAAAGGCUGAAUACUGAUCAGGAUACUCCAUCUAGAUGCCCAUCAUUCAAAGGUAGCACAGGUCGCUUAUGUUGGCUGGAAAGUUCAUUUGUGGGCAACAAGCGUCCUAGUCUAACAAGAGACACACCACCAUCAGAAUUAAGUACACCACCGUCACAUCGAAAAGCUACAUCUGUCAGACAAACUCAAAACAAUGGUAGUUGGGUCAAUGAUCGGCCAAGUCCCGGUUCGACGACUAUGGAUGACGUACUAAACUCGUUAUUAGGGUUGCAGUUCCAAGGGACGACCGCUAAUAAUGCUAGGUAUCACCACCUACCCCAUCAACACCGUCGCGGUAGCGAUGCCGACGAAAGCAGCGGUAGGAACCUUAGACGAAGGCCCUACGCUGCUUCAGUUUCAGGUAACGCGUCGGCGGCAGCGGCAGCAUCAGCGUCGACGCCCCCGAAAAAACAACAACAGGCGGCCCCCGCCGGAGCGAUCCGUUGCCGGUACUCGGAGUGUCGGCUGACGGCCACCGUUUCCGAGGCCCGGCGCACGUUCAAGAUGUGCCACAACUGCAACCACAUGUACUGUUCGAGGCGUUGCCGGCGCGCGCACUGGCAGAACCACCGGAAGACGUGCCUGGACCGGCGCACGGCCUCGCUGUGCCCGUCCAUCGUGGAAGCGAUCCGGACCAACGACCGGUGCUCCGAGCGGCUGUCCACGAUCGCCCGGCGAGGUUACCUGACGCACGGUCGCGGAGCGGUCAAGUGCUAUUUCUCGGGCGUCGAGCUGGCCGACAAGUUCGUGCGGGGCGGCGGCGACGACAUACACUGCGAACCGGUGUACGCCAAGUGGACGGACAUCGACCCGGAACUGGACGCCCUGGCGCAGCUGUGCAAGACGUACAAUCCGGACACGCGGUACGUGCUGCACGUGUCCGUGUGCGUGUUGAGCGAGGUGCCGGGCCCGGGACCGGUGCAGUGGGAGCGGCACGUGGUGUACAAGUGCGCCAAGAUGCACCUGGACAAGAGCCUGCGCGCCUCCGAAGCCGCCUCGUCGGAACCCGCGGCCGCCGCGACCGCGGACGACCGUGGCGGCGGCGGCGGCGGCCCGGACACUCUGAUACUGACCUCGUUGCCGGGCCGCGACCGGCGGGACGUGCGCACGGCCCGCCGCGUGUGCUUCGUCAACGUGCAGCGGCACCUCCGGCAGAGGGGCGUCGAGCUCCGGCACCAGUUCCCGGACGUGCACCGGAAGCUGUGCGAGUACGUGGACGGCGGCCCGGACGUCACGUUCACGCCGGUCACGGUGUACCCGCGGGACAGGGCGUCCGGCAAGACGUUCAUGUGCAUCAUCAUGCCGGACACGGAACCCGAGAAGCUGAGCCUGUUGCCCGGGGACAGCGCCAGGGUGCAGACGAUCGACGUCGGCCGAGAGAACGCCACCGCAGCAGCUGCAGAUGACCGUACUCAGCAGUAAACGCUCCUGCCUAUGUAUCCCUCGUGCCCCCCCGCGCGGUGCUGGUAAUGAUUUGGAGCUUUUUCCGAGCAUAUUAUACAGUAGUAUUAUAUAUAAUAUAGGUUGUACCCGGGCUCGUACGCGUGAUAUUGUUACGAUUUUGUUGGUUUUUUAAAAUAUUUACACGAAUUAAUACUGCAGCUGCAGAUGCGCGCGGACCCUAUUCUCCUAUAUAGAAUCUUCGAGAAACUCGAUGACGUUUUAUUCCGACUUUAUAUAAUAAGUACCCGAACUUUACAACCGUUUGUAGCUCUCCCGCGGUAAUCGUAACCCGUAGGUACCUAUUAAAUAUAGAAAAUGUAUUAAAAAGUUCAAAAGACAGUGUUAAUAUAUUAUACCUAUAGUUAUAGCUAUACCUUAUAUAGUGUUAAUGACGGGCACAACGCGGCGUUAAGACACUACAUGUUAUUGUCGUAGUGUCUACAUUGAUAACUUUUUAGGUUACCCGUAUAAUAUAAAUUACGCAUAUUAUUUAGUAUUUUAAUUAUUAUUGUUUAUAAUAUUUACCAUUAUUUACUCAUUAUUAUUAAUCAUGUUAUUCGUUAUUUUAUGAUUAUUAUUAUUACUAUUGUUGUUAUUACAUUUAUACAUUUAAUAAUAUUAAUAUACCUAUAUUCGAGUGUAUUUUUGAUUGAGUUGCGCGUCAGAGAUUUUAUGUAUCGCUACUUAUAUAAUAUAUAUAUAUAUAGUGGUUAAUGUCAGGACUAUUCAGAAAAAAUGUAAAUGUCAGUCAGGUAUCCUAGUAAAAACGCAUUUUGGAUUUUCUAUUAUGAGAAUAAUUUCUUACUUGAAUUUUGUAUACCUACUUAUUAUAAAAAAAAAAUUGUUUUUAAUUCAUUAACUAGUUUUAUAUAUACUUCUUCUCGGGUAAAACAACAGAUGUAUAGUGUAGGUGCAAAUAAUUUAAUAAAAGUUUACGGAUGA